UACAACUUUUAGUACUGUAAAGCCAUUUUUAUUCUUUAGACUAUGGAUAAAAACUCAAAAAGAAUUGAUGGUCCUCAUAUAUGCAAGGAAUGUAAUAAAUCUUUCUCUUCAUCUGGUUCUUUAAAGGUGCAUUUACGGACUCACACAGAUGCUAGACCAUUCGCUUGUAAAUAUUGCGAAGGGUCAUUUAGGCAACAGAUUCACUUACGAAGACAUGUAGAAGCAUUGCAUAAACACGAAGAAAAACGACGAAAUCUUUGGAAAAUCGGAUGUUCCCUAUGCGAGCAGCAUUUUUCAACAUGCAUAAAAAUGAUACAACAUGUGGCUACCAAACAUCAGAAAUGUCAUUUCUGCCUGGUAAUGUUUAAAACUCCAGCUCAUCUUCUGCAUCAUAUGAAAACCAGUCAUAAGGAUCAACUUAUGCAACUAAACCAAAAGGCAACACCACAAAAUUGCAAAGAUGGAAUUCAACUAACAGUAACAACAAAAGGGACUUGCAGAUGUGAAUUAUGUAGCGAGGAAUUUGAAAAUUUUAGUAUAUUAUCACGACACAUGGCAGAUGUUCACAACGCUUGCAAACUACCGUUUAUUUGUGGAAAAUGCCAAGAAGUAUUUGCAGACGAAGGAUCAUUGAAUAUACACCUUAACCUGUUUUGUUUUUCUAGCCAGCAUGACCAAUCAAGUGAUAUUUCCUGUAGUGAUUGUGACAAUUCGUUUGUUGGUGUUGAUGCAUUAGUACAUCAUAUCUUUGAACUGCAUUGGAAGUCUGGGAAUACAUGUUUAAAAUGUGGAAAAACAUUUGGUCAAUAUUUCGCUGCUAGGAAACAUCUUAGAACGAUUCGAUGCCCAGUAUUCAGAAAAGAGCUAGAGAAGGCUGGUGUUAAAGAUCUCUCAAAGUUUGUGCAUGUUGUGAAACGAUCUGACGAAUGUCCGCAUUGUGAUUUAAAGUUCAGUGGAAAGAAAGCGUUAGAAGUGCAUAUAAGAACACACACUGGUGAAAGACCAUGUCAGUGUCCACACUGCGGAAAAUCAUUUGGCCAGGAAGGAAAUUUAAGGAAGCAUAUAGAGUCUAUUCACAAAGGUAUUAAACGUACUAAUACCAAGAAAGUGAUCCGAGCACUUCGCUACUCGUGUGAAACUUGCUAUCGAGGAUUCGUAUCACCUGUGGAUUUACGAAAACAUGAGAGGAUACAUACAGGGGAUAAACCUUUCACCUGCUCACACUGCCAAAGAUGUUUUUCACAGAAAGGUAAUUUAAACACUCACAUUCGCAGAUGGCACACUGGCAGCCGUAGGAUGGAGGGAGCAAACCCUGCUACGUACCCUUUAGUCAAUAAAAAGCCGCAUAGCAACGAGAAUUGUGAUAUGCUCUCCUUUAAGUUACCAAACCUACCAAAGUUGUCAACAGACGAUGAUUCUGCUGCGGACAUAUCUCCUGUAUUUACUAAGUUUAAACUAAGCGACCUUAAAAUGCCUCUUCACGCUGAAGAAGCGAGAGAAGACGUCAGUUUUGAUUCUAUCUCAGAAUUUAGCCAAGUCAUUGAAACUAGUUUUCCCGAGAGUUGCCAACAAACGAACGAAGAAAUUUUAAGUUCGUUGCACGAGUUUGACGACAACGACUACGUUACGAACAUUAACGAAGGUGCUGCGUAUACCGACAUUCUCGUCUGUAACGACAACGACAGCGAUCACAACUACUUCAAUAAAGGGCCAUCCCCUGCACAAGCGCAGCGUUCGGAUUCGUUUGAAGCUACUGAAGAGGAGGUCGUCGCUUUUGACGGCUUCGACCCAAACAUGUUUACUUCAGAACAGUGGAGGAAUUUGUCCUCGUUGAAUUUUAACGAACUCUUUCAAAGUAUAUUAUCAACGCCCGUUGUGUCAAGUAAGAAACAUUCGAAAACACACGUCAUUGUGAAUAACAGCGUCGAAGCUCCUACGCAGGGUUUGUCGCUCCCCAACAAUUCGCAGACUUACGAAGAAAGUGAAAGCUGUCUUGAAGGGAACGAAGAUUCUGUCGUGUUGCCUGAUCUGAGUUUAUUUCAAGACUUUCAAUCUCCUCCACGAUUAAGUCGAUUAGAAUGUGCUACCAAUUCCCUUGUAACAGUAAUUAAAAACGUCUCAGGUGGAGAGAUAAAAGAUAUUGACACAGAGUGUAACCAGUUUACACUCAACGAUGAAGUUGAUUCGCGCAUAGUUCAUGAUUUCUCUUACACGCAGAUAAACUGAUGGAAAUAAGAAUAAUUUUUUGAUAAGAAGAUAUCGGAAAAAUUGAUUGUGUUUAUAUUACGUUUUAGUGCUUUUACUGUCGUACCGUAAAUGCUCGAUAAAGCGCACCGGGCGCUAAGUUAAAAAUUUUACUUUUAGGUUGGGCGCUUAUUCGAGUGGUAAGUCGUCAGGGGCCCUUAAAAAAUUUUAUUUUUAUGUUUUAUAAAAAUGUUUUUUAAGGAAAUUAUAACGGUUGUUUUAUAUGAGUACAUAAAAUAUAUAUAAGUAAUAAAUAACAUGUCUUACCUUGGAGUUUACUGUUUAUGAUUAAUUUUUUGUCGCUAAUGAAAUAACUGCUUAAACUAAAAGAUAAAAAGAUAAACAUUUUGACAAGAAAUUUUUAUGCUGUAGAUAAUUUUAUGGCGGGAACUGUUUUUCUAAUUUUUAAAAUAAUCGGAUAAGCGUUUCCUUUAGCAUAAUAAUCCGUUUGAUGGGCGCUAAUAAAAAAAAAUAAAAAAAAGCCAGGCGCUUAUUCAAAAGAGCGCUUAUUCGAGAGUGGGUGUUUAAUCGGGCGUUUACGGUAGUGUUGACAAUUGACGUAGAUUCUUUUUUUAAUUCCUCGUUCCAUAUCAAUGUUUUAAAACCUUAUAGUUGUUAAAAAUUGAACAGUAAUUUUAAAGUAAUUAACAGAUAUCGAGAACCCUUCCCCGAUUAUCAAUCUUUUAAGCGUUCGUUUUUGACAAGGUUUGUCCUAGCUUCCCCCUGGAAACUUUCAUGAUUAUGCAAGAAAAUUGUAUUUUCUCAAAUUUAUUGAUUUUUAAGAACUUGCUUUCUUCGCAACGUAUAAAUAAGUUGCUGCGUGA